AUGGAUGACUUGUGUGACUUGCACCUCAUCAGCUGGAACGUGGCCGGGCUGAAGACCACGCUGGAGCAGCUGCGGCGCUUCGGCUUCGCGGGCUUCCUGAAACGGCACCGCGCGGACGUGCUGUGCCUCCAGGAGGUGAAGCUGAGCUCCAAGGCGCUGUCGGCCGGAGGAGGCCGGCAGUUCGACGUGGAGGGCUUCGAGAGCUUCUGGUGCUGCAACGACGGGCUGGGCAGCCAGCGCCAGGGCCUGAACGGGGUCUGCACCUUCGCGCGCGCGGGCCUGGUGCUCCACGCGGACAAUGCGCCGCUGGGCUGCGAAGAGCUGGACGGAGAGGGCAGGUGCCUGCUGACGGAUCACGGCGCCUUUGUGGUCUUCAACGUCUACGUGCCCAACAGCGCGGGGGGCCGGCUGCCCUACAAGCUCCGGUGGCUGCGGGCCCUGCGCCACGCCAUGUGGCGGGAGCGGUCCAAGGGCAAGGCGGUGCUGCUGGCCGGGGACCUCAACCUGAAACACCGGGUCCUCGACAGCCACUGGACCUGCCUCGGCGUCAGGCCAGCGGUGCUGGACCUCGCAGACGCCCCGGAGGAGGUGCGGCAGCAGCUGGCGCGCUGGGAGCAGCUCUUCGCGGCGCUGCGGCAGAAGUGGGUGGAGCCGCUGGAGACGCGGAACAGCCGCAACGGCCAGACCUUCCAAAAGUUCGGCGUCUGGGCCCAGCCUCUGCCGCCGGGGUGCUCUUCUGCUUCCGGUGAUGGGCAAAGGGUGCGCCUGGGGCCGCCCGUGGACUCCAAGGAGAUGGCCCAGCUCAGCUUCCCGCUGGAUGGGGUUGGCGUGGACGAGGAUGGGCAGCUUUUGGUUGCAGUGCCCAACCCUGCCUACGUGCUGCGUGAGCCGGGCGAGAUCUCUUUGGGGGAGUUGGUCGAAGGCUUCAAGAAAUUGGCUGGAGUGUUGAGGUCAGUCCGUUGA